GACGACCACUACAUCUCUGAGAAUCACCCAACAUCACCGCUCGACACACCACUUAUCAGGAAAACAUGCACUUCAAACCGUGGACAGCUUGGUCCCUCCUGGCCUCUUUGGUCAGUCUUUGGGCCGUUGUCGACGCGGCCGAUUCCGGCAUCCUCGAGGUCGACCUUCUCUUCCCGCGCAACGAGACAUAUGCGCCCACCGAAUGGAUCCCCUACGUCUUUUCCAUCCAAAAUGCCAAGCUUGCGAAAUAUCUCGUUCCCGAAAUCAGCGGCCUCCACGAGGGAAGGUGGCGUCUCAACUGGGAAUUCUGGUACAUCAGCUGCAACGAGGACUUGUCCAACUUGCACAGCAGUAGCGAACUCGUGAAUCGAAACCGAACCGUUGGAAGCAUCGAGUUCAGCAUCCAAGAGGGCGGCCCGGCGGUAGAUGUCGUUGCUGCCACGGCCAACGACAAGACAUGUUCCGAGGGGAACGGAGCUGCCAUCAACAUCACCGGCAAUACCAAGGAGGUUGCCCCCUUCGGAAUAGAAUUGACAGACGAUACCUGUGUAGUGGUGGGAUCCCCUCAACCGACUCCCACCCCUUGCCAGGUCAAGGUGGACUCGGCCGUUGCCGCCAGCAUGACGGCGUCGUUGAGGGCCAAAUUGUGUGAUCCCCUGACCAGCACAAACCGCCCGGCCGAUUGUCCUGAGGAUAAUGCCGCCCAGAAGCUAGCCGUUGCGGGUGUGGCGUGCUUAGCAGUCGCAGUGGGCGUGUUUGGGUUUUUGGCUUGAACAUGAUGGGAUCUUUGUCAGCAUGACUUGAUGCAGGUACUUUUACCCUUUAUGCAGGAACAUGUAGCGUUAUGCAGUAUGCAUGUAAUGUAGCCAUGACAAACGAGAGCUGUCUUUCUUUUC